GGAAUAAAUUAGGCAAAAAGUCAAAUCCCAUAAUGAUUUGGCCCUUGUAAACAAUGUGCUUUUUGGCAAAAGAUUAUAUAAGUUGAGCAAUUUAGGUUAGAGAGGAAGAGAUCUUUUCCAUAUUUCCAACAAAUUUUUCCUUAUCCGCCGUUUGGUACUCGGACAAUUUCCUUAACUGUUCCUAAAUCUUCGUUCUCGCAUAUAUUUAUUUCCCUUUUCCCUAACUCCAUCACUCAUCGUUUCUGUAUAUGUCUGAAUCCCAAAAAUUUCUUCCCUUCAUCUCUAGAGAGAGAGAGAGAGAGAGAGAGUGUGUAAUUAAUUAAAGAUGGGCGUGAAGGGAUUUGUGGAAGGCGGCAUUGCUUCGAUUGUAGCGGGGUGCAGCACCCACCCAUUAGAUUUAAUCAAGGUCCGCAUGCAGCUUCAGGGCGAGGCUGCUAUGGCCUUGCAUGGCGGCGCCGCACUCACUGUACAGGGACCCAUCUCCGUCGGUCUUCGAAUCAUCCAGCAAGACGGCCCCAAGGCGCUCUUCUCCGGCGUCUCCGCCACCGUCCUCCGCCAGACUCUCUACUCCACCACCAGAAUGGGGCUCUACGAAAUCCUCAAGAACAAGUGGACCGAUCCCAACACCAACACCCUUCCCCUCCCGACAAAAAUCGCCGCAGGCCUCAUCUCCGGAGCUGUCGGCGCCGCCGUGGGGAAUCCCGCCGACGUGGCCAUGGUCCGCAUGCAGGCCGACGGCCGCCUCCCUCUAUCGCAGCGCCGCAACUACAAGAGCGUGGUCGACGCCAUUUCGCAGAUGGCAAAGAAGGAGGGGAUUGCUAGCCUGUGGCGCGGAUCGUCCCUUACGGUGAACCGCGCCAUGGUGGUGACGGCGUCGCAGCUGGCGUCCUACGAUCACUUCAAGGAGAUGAUUUUGGAAAAGAAUUUGAUCAAGGACGGACUGGGGACACACGUCACGGCGAGCUUCGCCGCGGGGUUUGUGGCGGCGGUGGCAUCGAACCCGGUGGACGUGAUCAAGACGCGGGUGAUGAAUAUGAAAGUGGAGGCGGGGAAGGCGGCGCCGUACAGAGGAGCGGUAGACUGCGCGGUGAAGACGAUUAAGGCGGAGGGGCCCAUGGCGCUCUACAAAGGAUUCAUUCCCACCAUAUCGCGGCAGGGGCCUUUUACUGUAGUUUUGUUUGUUACGUUAGAGCAAGUUCGUAAAUUGUUCAAGGAUUUUUGAAGGACUACGUCCAUGAAAAUGAAGACAUAUUUUAAUUUUUUAUGAUGGUUUAAAAGUAAUUAAUCAUAGUUUUAUAGAGUUGUUAACUUAUUUGUUCUUUCUAUUAUUUAUUGUAACUACUCCCACAGUCCAACGAAUCUUAAUGCAUAUUUCUUUUUGGACCGUC